UUAGACUUUAGAGGCAGCAAGGCCGCACCUCUCGCUCCACUCAGCCGCCGCCCCUCGCCGUCGCCGGCUAUCCGCCGCAGCUCGGCCGUCUCCCAGCGCCGUCGCACGGCUCGCCGCCACCCCGCGCCGUCGCGCGGCUCAAGCCUCCCGGGGUGGAGCCCUCGCGCACGUCGUACCCACUCGUCCUCGGCUCCUCGCGCGGUCACUCCUACUAUGGGCGGAGAGGGAGCGGAACGGCGCAGCAAGAAGAAGGAGAAGGGGAAGCGCCAGGAGGAGAAGGCUGAAUCGGGCAGUCGCGGCGAUGGAGAGGCAGUGAAGCUGGAUUUGGCUACAGAUUUCCCAAGUAAUAGCAUGGGGAAGGUUGCAAUGGACGUUGAGGAGGCGAAAGAAGUGCACAGGAGGAAGAAGAGGAAGGAGAAGGAGAAGGACCACGGAAAGGAGAAGAAGAACAAGGUCAUUGCCGAUAACAUCGAGGAGGCCUGUGCCGAGGCGGAGCAGGCUGAAGCUUCAGGACUGAAGGUGGAGCAGCACUGCUCGGAGCAUGUUCAGGGUGAUAUGAGCAAAUGCGGCUCGGAGGAAGACAAGAGUAUUAAGAAAGAUAAUAAGUUGAUGAAGAAGAAGAAGAAGAAAGAGAGAAAAGUGGAGAUGGCUGAAGAGGGGCAGAUACUUGCUGGUUCUACUGAUGAAAAUGCAGGCUUGUUGCAUGCGGAGAUGGGCAGGGGUGAAAAGGAACAGGGUAAGAAGUCCAAGAAGAGCAAACGGAAGCAUGAGGAUGGUGAGCCUGUGGCAGAUGGAUCUGCCGGUGAUGAAAUCAUGACCAACAGAGAUAAGAAGAGGAGAAGAAAGGAGCAUUCUGUUGAGCUGAAAGAGGGUGAUCAAGUUAACAUAUCUAAGAAGGCAGUGAAGAUAAAGGGAAACAAGAAGAGAAAAAAUGAAAGCGAUAAGUUUAAUCCUGACUUAAGCACUGAUGCACUCACUGGAGAAGAUAAGGUUGGUGGAGAUGGCAAAAAUGAUAAGAGAAAAAAGAAGAACGAUACAUCGACUAGAAGGAAUGAGGUUGGUAGGGAUGAUAAGAAUGAUAAGAAAAAAAAGAAGAGCAAGGAAAGGAACGGUGGAAGAAAAGGCGAAAAAGAAAAAGCAGCCCAGUCAAAGGACAAGGUUAGGCGGGUGAGCUUUUCUGAUGCUGUGGAGGUGUUUAGCAUCAACGACGGUGAAGAUGAAGAUAAUGGCAAGAGUGCUGAAUCCGAAGUUGUGCAUGGGAAACGUUUUACUCCAGAAGAAAACGCGACCCUUAUGGAGGCCAUCAUGAGCUAUAUAGAGAUGAAGCAAUUGGGAGAGAAUGGGCUAGAGAUGAUUCGAGCUUGUAGUAAACAUCCAGAGCUUAAGGGUUGUUGGGCGGAGAUUGGAAAAUCAUUACCUCACAGGCCAUUGACAGCCAUAUACAAGAGAGCACGGAUUUUACUCUAUAGGAGUGAUGAGCGUAAAUGGACUCCGGAGGAGUAUGAGAAGAUUCGCCGGCAUGUUGAAAAGAACGGCACUUCUUGGAUAUCAUUAGCACAGGAACUUGGAAAGAGUGAGAUCCAUUUAAAGGACACUUGGAGAAGAAUCAAACCUAAAAACUUGAAAUCAGGCCAGUGGACACAGGACGAGUACCAAAACUUGUUUGAUUUGGUGAACUUGGACUUGCGAGUGAAAGCUCAUCAAGAGUAUGAUGCUGGUAAUCGUAAGUUAAGAGACAACAUUGCAUGGGAGGCUAUUAGUGAUAAAUUGACAACCCGAAAUCACAAGAAUUGCUGCCUUAAGUGGUACUACCAGUUAGCAUCACCACUGGUUCAGAAAGGCAUCUGGGCAGACACUGAUGAUUAUCGAUUGGUGGAAGCGCUUCAAAAUGUUGAUGCUGUUUGUGUUGAAGAUAUUGACUGGGAUAACCUUCUUGAUCACAGGUCUGGAGAGGUUUGCCGUCAACGAUGGAACGAGAUGGUCCGCUAUUUAGGUGGCCACAAGGAGAAGCCCUUCAUUGAACAAGUGGAAGUGUUGUCGAAGCGCUACUGCCCAGAAAUGGUUGACUAUAGGGAAGGGGAAGCGUAGGAAAUGUCAUCCACCAAAACCUUCCCAAUCCGUUGAAAGGAUAGCAAUAGCCGUCUUAGUUACAUCUCGCCUCGUUCAAAGGAUAGCAUUAGCCGUCUUACAUCUCGCCUGUUGUUGAAAUGUGUUCUGUGGCCUGUACAAAAUGUUUGGCUUUUGGAAUGCAUGGCACUGAUGUUUAGCCGCCCAAUGCACUUGGGAAUUGUUUGGAUAGGCCAUCUAUGUGCACACGGGCGACGACACUCAUCCAGCAACCAGGGCACCCCCUACCCCCUCUCCCCGGGCCAUGGUAAGCAUGGCUGUGGCGUCCAAUCAUCUUCGUAUGGAAAGUGCUGAACAUUACGAUUUAAACUAUGAUGGAUGGAGUCAUGAACCCUGUAAUUUCGUCACACCACAGGUGCAUUCUUUGUUGAUCUGCCUGCUUUUGUGAUCUUCCGUUUUCUUUUUCAGAUUUUUGUGACUAAGAUCCUACUCAUGUUUUAGCCAUUCCUUUUCAUUAUUGUACAUGUUAAGUUGCCCAGAUACUCUCUCCGUCCUGAGAUAGCUAUAUUUUGGUACUCUCUUCAUCGUUCUUAAGAUAGAUAUAUUUUGGACUGCAGUGGGAGUAUCAUGGAUUCAUGGUGCAUCUGAUAUGAAACACUUCCCAUCGUCCCAUGGCACAUCUGAGAUGUCGCAUCAAUUUACAAAGGCCCUAUCCUAUUGCCCUUUUGCAUGUCCGUUUGCAAAAGGACUCGUACAGUUCUACUAGUGUGCUAAAAAGCUAGUAAUGCACUGGAAGCUACCUUCUAAAAUAUGGGUGCGCUACAAACCAACUUGAACAUAUCAAAAGCAGAUGUAGACUAUAUAAAGCACAAACCUGCGGACACGGGCACCCGUGAAAGACUUGCCUAUUGAUUGACCCGUCUCCAUCAAUAUAGUGAGUCCAUAGCAUUUCCCCUCUUCCCAAUAGCAUAAGCACGAACCUUCUUGUAGUGUCUAUCCAGCAAAAGAAGAGAAAACAUAUGCUAUAAUGGGGUGCUUCAGGUGAUGGGAACAUCGAUGAAUAGGAGGAGCUUGCUUCAGGCCAAGGGUGGCUGCCCUGUGAGCUUUGAGAACCAGAACUACACGACCAUCACCAGCAAGUGCAAAUCGCCAUGGCCUGCCGACCUCUGCUGCCCAGCUCUGAACGAGUUCGCAUGCAAUUUCAGCCAAUAUAUCAACGACGAAAGCACCAACUGCGCAGAAUCGAUGUGGGUCUACCUCAACGCCCAUGGAAGCUAUCCAGCUGGCCUGUUUUCAAACGAGUGCGCAGUGCUUGACUGCAACGGUAACAAUAGCACCAUUAGUACUAACCAAACUGCUAAUGGAAGCGGCACCCGAGGGGCUAAAGGAAUAUCAGAGAUGUACUCACUUGUGACGACCUUAAUUGUAUCUGGACUCCCGGUGUUAUUGUUCUACUGAAUGAAGUACUCUCUCCGUUUCACAAUGUAAGUCAUUCUAGCAUUUCCCACAUUCAUAUUGAUGCUAAUGAAUCUAGAUAGAUAUAGAAUGACUUACAUUGUAAAACGGAGGAAGUAAGAAAAGAUACACUAUCACACAGAAUGGACAUGUUACAGUUGUGGUAAUAAGUUGCGUUUCAGCAUAUAUAUACAUUACGAGAUAAGAGUACCCCCAGAUUUCCUUUUUUUUUUCUUCUUAAUUUUCUUUCAUGGCAUUUACACUCAUUCAAUACAUGUGGAUAUUUUUUUUCUUCUUUUGAGCAA